AUGACACCAUGGAUCAUUCAAAUAGCGCCAAUAGUGCGCCGUCGACUCCAUUCUUGUUGCACUAGCCUUGUUAAAAAGAAUAAACUACCUCCCAGGCCAAAAUGGACCCCCGAAAUGGAGAAAGAGCUUGAAGAGAAGUUUCUGCAUGGAGGACGAGGACCUGGAGGUCAGAAGAUCAACAAAUCCAACAGUAAAGUACAGCUGAAGCACGUUCCAAGUGGUUUGGUUGUGGAAUGUCAGGAAACCCGGUCCCGCGAACACAAUAGGAAGAUUGCACGCGAGAAAAUGGCGUUUCAGCUCGCCGUUUGGACAAAUGGAGGCAACCCGAUAGAACGCCAGACCGCAUUACAUGAGUGGGAGAAGCAAGGCAAGCGUAGUCGCGAGCGAAAAAGCAAGAAUAAACAUGACAGACACGAGGAAUCGAGACGGGAAGAGCGUCUGCGAGAUAUGCAAGAGGAGCAACAGCUGGUGGAGAGUCUUUUCCGAGACUAG